AUGGACGAGGAUAAGAAAAUCACUACGUUCAUGAAAUCUCUUCUGGAUGAAUAUAAACAGUUAAGAGGUCAGAAGAAAGACAGUGGUCAGAGACCUUUUUGGGACCUUGUUGUCAUAACGACUGCUGAUGUGGCACAGAAGGAAGCAUUUGAACUGCAGAUUACAGAGAAAUUCCACCGGCGGGAGCUGCCAACAGAUCUGACUUUGAUUGUUGUGCCAGAUCCUCCUGGAGUUAGAAUAGGUAAUGGAGGUUCCACCUUGACUGCUUUAGAAUUUCUGGACACUGUUUACGGACCUGAAAUUUACCAGAAGAAAAUUCUCCUGAUCCAUGCUGGGGGUUGGAGCCAGAGAAUGCCGAGCUCAACCAUCCUGGGCAAGAUCUUCUCUUUGCUGCCACACGGCAACCCACCCUACCAGAUGCUUGACCUGAAGUUAGCACUUUACUGGCCUCUAGUGGACAGGGUGGACCCUGGAGUCUUCUUGACUUGUGCAGAUGAUUUUCUUGUUUACAGCUUAGACACAAGUCGUGACUGGAGAAUUCCAGGGAAAGGCUUCACUGCUUUAGCCCAUCCUUCUCCCAUCGCGGUUGGCAGAACGCAUGGUGUUUUUGUGAUUAAAAAUAUUGCAGGGAUGGACCCAAUGAACCCAGUUGUCUUGAGUGAAUGCUCAGAGGUACUGCAGAAACCAACGGAUGAGCGAAUGAAAUUACAUGGCGCACUAUUGAAAGAAGAAACUCAUGAUUUUGCAGGUGGAAUCCACAUUGAUGGAGAUGUGGUUUAUACCGAUAGUAGCUUUUACUUUGGUGUGGAUAUCAUCCAAAAACUGCUCAACUGGAAGAAGUCUGUUGGCAGUCUUUCCUGUGAGAUUGACGCUUAUGGUGAUUUUCUUCAGGCAGUGGGAAGGUGUGCCACAAAUAAAUAUAUCCAUCUGACAUCCAAUGUUAGCCAGGUGACCCCAAGUCUGCUUCAGAUGCGACAGGGUGUGUUUGAUUGUUUGAAUGGUUCAGAUAUCCACGUGCUUGUCAUGAAUGCUUCAACAUUUAUCCACAUUGGAACUAUGAAAGAGCUGCAACAUCAUUUCUGCCAGGAUAAGAAUUUCCAGCGCCAGUUGGCCUUUGAGAAGGAUGUCUUUAAUUCUUGGCAUAAUUGGAGCUCAAAAGGAAAAACUACAGGAACACAGCUUUUUACUUCAACAUGUGUAGUGAGAGAUAAAGCAAGCGUGUCAGCAAAUGCCUGUGUUAUUCAUUCUGUUUUCAACACUGAAUCCUCAAUUGGUGCAGACUGUUUUAUAGAGUACUGUGACUUUGAGUUGCCUGUUAAUAUACAGGAAAAAUGUAUUCUCAGCAACUGUCAGCUUUUGUGGACUGAAACAACAGCACAAGAUGCCAGGUUGACCAUUCCUAAAAAUACAUUCUUGCACACUGUGCCUAUAACUGUGGAAAGUCAGACCAAAUAUGUAACAGUUUUCUUUAGCAUGGAUGACAAUCUGAAGAAAUCUGUUUCAUUGUGCGAUGUGGAGUCUUUGCCUUUUAUGGGAUCUAAUAUUGGUCACCUCAUGGAGGUGCAGGGUCUUGUUAAAGAAGACAUCUUGCCUGAAGGAAUUAUAACAAAUGUUUCUGGAAGUUUGCAUAGCAAUCUCUCACCGAUUGGAGAGAUUGUAAGAAGUGAGGAGGUCAGUCUGUGGAACUUGAAAUUGUUUCCAGCUGCAUCAUCAAUGACAACUUCUUUAGAAGAAGCCAUUCAGGUUAUAAGUCAUGUGACAGGAAGGAAGUCCAGGCGUGUAUCCUCUGCUUUCUUUUCUCUUGCUGACCUGUUGACGUAUAAACAUAUACAGGCUAUGCUUAACUACAGACAGAGAUUGUUUGAGAAAAUAUCGGCUUAA